AUGUACAAAACCACCCACCAAGAAUAUCACUUUCUGAAGAAACAUAACCAAGAAAAUCUAACGACACCUAUGAUGGCACCUAUGACAACACCUAUGAUGACACUUGCAAGACGACACCAACAAUGA